AUGAUCCUUGCCGAUCUUUUGCCGCUGCCCGUCCCCACCUUUUCUGCCGACUCCAACACCACAGCUGCCGGACGGUUGACGUCCGAAAAGCUGCCAUUGAUGCAGGACGAUUACCCAACACCGCCGCCUGCGACGAGGUGCACGCGCUCUAGAUGGAUCGCCGUCCCCGCGUUGGCUCUCCUCGGGUUAUGCUGGACCAACAGCCUGCCUUCUGCCAUCUUUGGGGAUCAGGGCCCCGUCUCGCGCCCUGGCCAUGCACAGCAAUGCCGCCAGGUUGACCCUCUCUUCCCCGGCAAGGGCUCCUCCUCUCUGGCCUCGAUGGACGAGUACCUCGCGUCUUCUCAGUUCUUCAACGCCAGCACUAUCCGCAUGUCCAAUGCCAUCCAGAUAGCCACCCAGUCCUACGAUAACAUGGGACCAGUUGGCGAGGACGAGCGGUGGGAAGUCUUCCCGCCCUUUGCGGCGUACCUGGAGAAGACCUUCCCACUCGUCCACAGCACCCUGGAGCUUGAGAAGGUCAACUCCCACGGCCUGCUGUUCACCUGGAAGGGCUCCAACGCGGAGCUGAAGCCGACUGUGCUUAUGGCCCAUCAAGAUGUCGUGCCAGUUGAAAAGUCCACCGUCGAGCAGUGGACUCACCCGCCGUUCAGCGGCGAGUUUGACGGCAAAUAUGUCUGGGGCCGUGGCGCUGCGGACGAUAAGAGUAGCUUGAUCGGCAUCCUGGAGGCCAUCGAGCAGCUUAUUGACGCGGGCUUCGAGCCCAAGAGGACAGUGGUCCUGUCUUUCGGCUUCGAUGAAGAGAUCUCGGGUUACCAGGGCGCUGGUCACUUGGCCGAGUUUCUCAUCGACCGCUAUGGCAAGGACGGCGCGUCUAUCAUUGUCGACGAGGGCUCAGGCCUGACCAAGCAGUGGGGCACCGUCUUUGCCCUUCCUGGUGUUGCUGAGAAGGGCUACAUCGAUGUUGAUGUCAUUGUGCGGAUGCCUGGCGGCCACUCGUCCGUCCCGCCCAAGCACAACGGCAUUGGUGUCACCGGCGAACUGAUUACCCUGAUCGAGGCUGGCCAGUACGAGCCUCGACUCUACGAGGAGAACCCAUACUUGGGUCUCCUUCAGUGUGGUGCGACAUACGCACCGGAGUUCCCGCCCAAGGUGAAGAAGGAGCUGCAAAAGCGCAACAAGAAGGGCCUUGCAUCGUGCCACAAAAAGGACAAGCUAGCUCUGGAGGCAGCCAAGGGCGGUGAUGAGAUCAAGUACCUGUUUACCACCUCUGUCGCACCAGAUCUCAUUAGUGGAGGUGCCAAGGUCAACGCCCUGCCCGAACGCACCGUCCUGACCGUCAAUCACCGUGUCAACGUCGGCGAGCGCACUUCAGACGUCAAGGAACGCCUCACGGGAAUUGCAGCCCAGGUUGCCAAGAAGUACAACCUGACCCUCCACGCCUUCACCGACGAGCCCGAGAUCCCGCGCUCCAUCACACUCAAGACCGGCCACCUCCUAGAGCCUGCUCCAGUCUCACCGACAGAUAUCCUGGAUGACCAGCUCACACCAUACUCGAUUCUCUCGGGCACUACACGCGCUCUCUACGGCGAGGAUGUCGUUGUCUCGGCUGGUUUGAUGACCGGAAACACGGACACCAAGUUUUAUUGGGACCUCACCAAGCACAUUUUCAGGUACAACCCCGGCUUCGACCCGGAGCAGAACUUUAUGGAUGGCAUCCAUACUGUGGACGAGAAGAUGAGCAUGAAGGGUCAUGUCAGCGGUGUGAAGUGGUACAGUCUAUUUGUCAGAAAUAUGGACGAGGCCGAUCUGUAA